AUGAUGAGCCGCAAACUCCCCUCGCUUGGCCCGGAACAGGGUUCCGUGAUCCAAUUUCAGCUCCAAGUCUCCCAACCGGACCUGCGAUCACGACGACAACCACGAGACAGGCACUUCAAGGCGUUAGGGGAGCGUUUACCCAAUUCUGAGGACGAAUGGCAAAAGGCCCGAAGACGUCUCCGGUUUACAACUCCAGCUGAUAUCAAUGCAUGGGUUUCGGACCUUGUGUCCCUGGACGGCGCCUUGCCUCAAAAUCUACGCAAGUUGAUCAACAUUGCGAUCUUUUGCGUAGAGAGCCGCAAAGACGAGGACACGGCCCAUCGUAACUAUGAGGCACGUGCCUCUCAGCAAUGUUUGGUCAGAACUAUCCGCAAUUACGCUUCUCUUGUACGAGGUGUGAUUGCCUUGAUGGAUCAAAUUUACCUGAAGCUACGGCAUCGGGCCUUUGAAGCUGUACUACUUUAUUCACCUUUGGAUUAUGCGUCUCUGGUGUCUUACAAGAGAGAGCCAGAUCGUUUCAAGUCAUACUUUCGGGAUGUGAAAAUUCUCCCUGAGGAGCAUGCAUCACAGGCCCUAUAUCUUCCAUUUCUUGUUGCAUAUGGACACCCACAAUAUAAGUACAAUGAGAUUUGCAGAGCUCUUGGUACCAACACUCUCAAAGAGCCAGAGUUCCUCAAAUUUGUUUCCGUAAGGGAGAACGGAAAACCAGUGCCCCAUAUACUUAACAGUCCCCCGAAGAACCGCUACGACGCAAUCCGAAAUAGAUGGACUCGAGAUAGUCUGACUGAACACUUUAAUACCGAGGAAAUUUAUGCCAUUCCUAACCGCAUGGAUGGCUAUAAACGAUUUGACCUCCCAGACAUAAUUCAGCAAAAGUCAGCUAUGGCAGCCAAGGAACAGGACGGCUGUGUACCCCAAGAUAUUCCAGGGGUGAUAAGCUUCAGAUUUGAUUGGACUGUAUGUCAUGACGAUGUCGGUCGCCUGGUCCUCGGGUUGUUGGUAAGUAAACUGUGA